CAAUUAACUUUCUUCCACAAGCAUGAAUCUUGGAGAAGCUGUGGGGUUUUCUACCUGUCUGUUUUACCUCCACCUGCAGUAGUUGUUUUCCUUUUCAAUUAAGUGCAGACUAUAGAUUGGGGAACACCAGAUGAGAAAUCUAAAUGUGGCUACAAUGGGUAAGGAAGCCACAGGAGUUUGUACUAUUCUGAAUGAAAGUUAUGCAUCUGCCUUCAUAGAAGAGGGCAAGUCACUGACAGAGAGAGUGGCACACAUGGAUGAGUGUUUAAUUGAUGUAACACAUGAGGGUACAACCAAGAGCUGGGAAGUGGGAGUGACUCGCAAAGUCAAGGGUUCAAUGUUCUAAGUUAAAGUGAAAUUUACUGUCAUAUACACAAGUAGGUGUAUGCAGAGGUGCACUGAUAAAGUUACUUGCUGCAGCAUCACAUGCACAUAGCAUUGUAUAAGCAGCAUUCAUAAGAAAAUCAAACAUAAAAAUACACAUUUUUACAAGAAAGAACACAAUUAGAACAAAAGCAAAAUAAAGUCCAUUUUAGUGCAAAGUGAUCAGAGUUGUUAAGCUGUAAUGAUUAGGAUUUUGCUGGUUGGUUCAAGAACUGGAUGGUUGAAGGGAAGUAGCUGUCUCAAACCCAGCAGUGUGGGACUUCAGGCUUCUGAUGGUAGCAACAGAAAGCUGUCAUGGUUGGAAUGGUGGGGAUGAUUGAUAAUGGAUGACAGCACCUCCUAUAGAUACUACCAAGAUGGUAAGGGAUGAGCCUGGGGUGUAUUGGGCAACUUCUUACAUUCCUGCAUAUUCGAAUUUCCAAAUCAGACCAUGGUGCAGCCAGUCAGGAUACAGCACUUUCAACUAUAUAACUUUGUUGAUAUGUUUGGUUACAAGCCAAACCUCCUAAGCUAAGUGAAAAACCUCCUCAGCCUCCUAAGAAAGUAAAGAUGCUAACAGGCUUUCCUUAUGGUUACAUCUAAGUGCAUAGCCCAAGGCAGGUCAUUGGAGAUGUAUUUAAAGUACUCAAGUAUUUAAAAUGCUGCAUUCCUCAAUCAUAGAUCUUAACACAUAUGCCAAUCAGCCCAUCAAGUGUGCUCUGCCAUUUUGGCUGAUUAUUUUCACUCUCAACCCUAUUGCUCUGCCUUCUUUCUGUAACCUUUGUCCCCCUUACUAAUCAAGAAACUAUCAACCUACGCUUUAAAUAUGCUCAAGUAUUUGACCUCUCCACACCUGCUUGUUGCAAUGAAUUCCACGCAUUCACCGCACUCUGGCUUAAAACGUUCUCCUUUGGCAAGCAGACUCCUCAAUACCUGUAAUUCACCCAACUGCAAUAGUUUCCUUUGUGAAAUAGAAUAUGGCAUUGGAACUGUACUUACCCUCCCAAUCGGAGUGGACUAGAGCGUAGCUGAGAUAUUGUUAACACUCAUCUCUACUGCCGUCUGCUGUUGUGUAUCCAGUUGCAGGUGGAGUUACGGAGGCUCAGUUCUUGAAGCUUGAUGAUAGCUCUCCAUACAGGAGCUAUUCGGGACAUGUGACAAUGGGAAAUGUCGCUGUUUGGUUAUCUGCUUGUCAGCCCGGAGACUCCCUGUGGCGCUCUCCAGUCGAUGAUAAGACAGAGGCAGAGGACUUCGUUUGUGGCAACCUGUGGCAGACGCUGCCUCAGCCGUGGCUGAGAUCGGUUCUAGCUGAGUGUGGUUUGUUCUACAGAUGAGGCUGGAUUCUUUAGCGAACUUUAAAACCUGUCCGGUCUGAGAGCGUCCAGAAAACGGAGGAAGAGUCGAAACUACGAGAAUAGUCUACUGCUGGCAGUCAGUUCAGUCUCUUUCUACGCAUUAUCACUUCUUCCGUUGAGCAGAACCGUUUUCCUUCAAAGGAAUUUCAAUUAUUUGAAUUAAACGAUAAUUAAUUUUUUCCAGCACAACUUUGGAUUUUAACUUUGGAAAGGAAUUUUAAUUGUGAGAGAAUCUGUUUUUGGAGACAUUUCAGUCAAGUGAAUUGGUACCCGUUUGAGGGGCUUUUCCCCUUUCUUCCGAGACGCUGGGUCACAGGAAGAACAUCUUCCGAGGGACAUUGUAAAACGAGUGAAUUUCGAUGAUUUAUUCGCCUCCACGGAAAUGACAGGUAGGCCGCUGGUGAGAUGGGACAACCUUGCUGGCCGCUGUAUUUGUCUGGGUGGAAACUCUCUCCCAAGACCUGGGGCUGAGACCAGGCCGGCUGAACAGGUCAAGAUUUUAACGGGGCUCUUUGAGGGAAGAAGGCAAACGCAUCCCCCGCCGAGUGUGACUGACCACCGGUGAGAUGCGGGUGCGGACACUCUGCAGUCAAACUCCAGAAUCCUUCUGAAAGACUGAGCUGGCACCAUUAGGUAUGGGCGGGCUGGCAUAGCAGCCGGGAUGGCGUCGAACAGCACCCUCAAUGAAGCUGUAACUGCCAGGAGUGAGCUGACGGCUCGCGUUCUCACGGGGAUCUUGCUCAUGCUGUUGAUCCUGUUUACCCUGUUCGGCAAUGCGCUGGUGUGUGCCGCCGUGGUCCGCUUUGGACACCUCCGCACGAAGGUCACCAAUAUCUUCAUAGUUUCGCUGGCCCUCUCCGACCUGCUGGUGGCCGUGCUGGUGAUGCCGUGGAAAGCGGUGACAGAAGUCGUCACUUACUGGCCGUUCGGGAGCAGAUUCUGCGAUGUCUGGGUGGCUUCGGACAUCAUGUGCUCGACAGCGUCCAUCCUGAACUUGUGUGUGAUCAGCGUGGACAGGUACUGGGCAAUCUCCAGCCCGUUCCUUUACCAGCGCAAAAUGACUCACAGGGCUGCCCUGGUGAUGAUCGCCGUGACAUGGGCUCUCUCGCUGCUCAUCUCUUUCCUCCCCGUGCAAUUCCACUGGCACAGCAGCCCAGCCCAGCCGUCGGCAGUGCCCAACAGCACCGAAAGCUGCGACUCCAGUCUCAACAGGACCUACGCGAUCUCCUCUUCCCUGGUCAGUUUCUACAUCCCCGUGGCCAUCAUGCUGGUCACUUACACGCGGAUCUACAGGAUCGCUCAGCUCCAAAUCCGGCGCAUCGCCUCGCUGGAGAGAGCGGCCGAACGUGCCCAGAACUGCUGCCGGGAUAAGCGGCAGGCUCGGCAGCAGGUGCAGCAUCCCAGCGCGCUGAAGAGUUCCUUCAAGAAAGAGACCAAGGUCUUGAAGACGCUCUCCAUCAUCAUGGGGGUCUUUGUUUGCUGCUGGCUGCCCUUUUUCAUCCUGAACUGUAUGGUCCCUUUCUGCGACCGGCGCUCCCCGUCCACCGUCUCCGGGCUACCGUGUGUCAGCGAAACCACCUUUGACAUCUUCGUGUGGUUCGGCUGGACCAACUCCACUCUCAACCCGGUUGUCUACGCUUUCAACCCCGAGUUCCGCAAAGCUUUCUCCAGCCUGCUGGGUUGCCAAGACCUCUGCUCCAACAACCAAGUGGAGACGGUGAACAUUAGCAACCAGCUUGUGUCCUACAACCAGGACACGGCCUUCCACAAGGAGAUGGUUACGGCCUAUGUCACCAUGAUUCCCAAUGUAAUGGACUGCAUGGAAGACAACCAGAUCUUUGACAGGAUGUCCCAGAUCUUGGCCACCAAUGAGUUAGCCACGGAUUCCGUUUCCGAGGUGGAGGGAGAGGCAGACUUGUCGUUAGAUAAAAUCACGCCUUUUACCUCGAAUGGUUUGCACUGAUAAUAUCGAGGCAACCAGGUACCUCUGUCCAUCCAGCUCUCCCAAACUAUAGUGCCAUUCCGGGACGGGUCAGAAAGCAGAACACAGCAAGCCCGUGCUCACUUCCAGUGUGGGCAGGUUCCAGUCAUUGGUGGAUGUUAAUUUGUGGAGGAAUAGAAAUAAAAAUAGCAGCGGGAAACCUGAACAAAUGAUAAUUCUCAUGCCAAGAGGAAAUAAAAAAAACAUAAAGUGGGCCUAAGGAAUCAGUGGUAGUUCCACCAAUUACCAACGUCGUUUACAACUCUGGGUAACUUGAGCAAUUUGCCCUGUGGGCUACACCUCUAUUGGCUCAGGGUACCUUUCCCAUAACAUUGCUCAAGAUAAAAGCAAAUUUGAAAUAUGUGCCCCCGAAGCUGCUGGUAACUACUUCUUCCAGGAUGAUUGGUCCCCAAUGGAUUAACUGGCUCAGUAAAUGCGGAUACCUUUUCACAUUGUUAAGAUGAUGCAUCAGCUUGUAAGAACAUUUUUACUAAAUUGAAACCAGAUCACAACUUUAAUCAAUAAAGAACCACUUAUUCCAAAUUUAACACAUAUACUGAUGAAUGGAAAUGACUCCCUACCCAAAGAAUGAUAUAGUUACUGCAGAGGGUGUGUCACCAGACUGGUUCCUGGGAUGGAGAGUCUGUUGCAUGAGCAGAUGGUCAGUAAGGUUGGCCUGUGUUCACCAGAUGUUAGAACUGCUGCUUCACAGCAACAGUGGAGCAAGUUCAACUCAAUCGCUGCGGCUGACUGUGUGUGUCUGCAUGUUCUGCCUGUGAAGAAUGAGAUGUGAUCUCAUUGGGACAAACAACAGUGGCUCAACUGGUUAAGUAUGGUGAAGAUGUUUUACUUGGCUAAGGAGUUUAGAACCAGAGGCCAUGGUCUCAAAAUAUUGAUAAGCUACUUAGUGUCAGCCUCCACAUGCAGGCACCUCCCAGUCUCAGUCCAGCUAAUAGGAUUCACCUACCACUGAUUCCAGACUUAUCACCUGCAGCCUAUUUAACCCCCUAUGCUCAUCCACAGCCCUUGUUCACUCAUUGAACCAGUUUCUCCCAGGCUUCACUCUCCCUGCCUAAAGCUUGCCUUGUUGCCUGUUGUGUUUAGUGUCUGUUUUCUCUUGUGGCUUAUUAUUUUGCAGUCUCUUAUUAAAGGUAUCAUUCAUGGAUAAAUCGUCUCUGAUGCUCUCUCUGCUUUGGGUCAAGCCUCCUCUAUAUUUCCGGGAGAAGCAGUGCAGCAGACACGAUUUAUCAGUGCAUGAUAACUUUAAUAAUAGACUGCGAAAAAAAAAAAGCCAUGAAGGUCCUCAAACCAAGAGAGAACAGAAACUAACCACAACAGGCAACAAGGUAAUCUUUAGGCAGGGAGAGUGAAAGUUGGGAGCAACUGAGUGUGGAUGAGAAUGGGCAUAAAUAGGCUGCAGGUGAUGUCUGGAACAUGCAACACAUAAAUCCUAUUAGCUGGGUGGAGACUGGGAAAUACCAGACAAGUAUGACUAAAGCAAGGAUCAUUUCUUCUCUUGGGAUUCUCUAAACUGGAGGGAUGUGGAGGAUCAUUCAUUUCCAGAUCCAAAAUUGAUACAUUUCCAUUCAUCAAGGGAGUCAAGGGGCAUACGUAAAGGACAAGAUACUGUUGCUGAGUUAUAGCUAAGUCAAGCUUUGUUGGAUGGACGAACAGACUUGAGGGGAUGAAUUGCUUAUUCUGCUGUUUUCCUUUAGUUCCUGAUUCAGCCUGUACCUUGUGCUCACGCCUUCUACAUUCCCAGUGGCGGCAUGGAGACUUCGUGGGUUGAGCUGUGGGACGAGUUCCCUUGAAUGUUCUUUCUGAUGUUUUCCUGAUAGUUCACAGGUAUCAACUGUUUGUAAAUACCUUUGACAAGUACAGACACAUAAAGACAGCCAUAGAAAAAGGGUUAAGGGGGAAAGACUAAAUGUAUAAAGAAGAAUAAAUAAAGUCUGCAAUAGGUAAAUGGACAAUCCAGUAUUUAUUCACUGUAGAAUGGAGUCCUUCCCACCUUUUUGCCCUUGUGGAAGUUUGACAGUGAUUUACAACACAACAGAGGAUUAUGAUUCCUUAACCAAAUAACUUCACUGAGGGUGUACAUUACACAAUACUCCACCACUAUUACAAUUUACCAUUUUGUGUUCAAACCACCCAACCCAUUUUACU